AUGGAACCAAGGCGAAAAAUUACACGACAAUCAGUCGCAGACGUUAAUAAGACCCUGCCUAAAAGAAACGAGCAUGUACUUCCAGAGAUAUGUAUUGUUUGUGGAAGAGAUUCCUCUUGGUUCUCACUAGACAAGGUGACUAAGAAGAGAAGAAGAACCCCACUCAUGUUGGCAGAAACAAUUGAUGCUGGUCUUCUACGUACAGCUGCCGAGAGAAAGAAUGAUGAACGGAUACUCGUGCAAAUCCGGGGGAAAGACUGUGUAGCACUGGACGUCCGCUAUCACAAAGUUUGCUACUGCAAUUAUACAAAUUUUCUCACCAGAGAGACAAAGAAGCAAUUGGAGACUGAAAGAUCUACAGUGUACGAGAAGUCUUAUGAUGUCUUCUGUAAGAAAGUAAUCGAGACUGAGGUCAUCGCAAAUAAGCAAAUAAGGUACAUGAAAGAUUUGCUGGAGAAAUUUGUUAUCAUUGCUAAGGACACCGAGAAUGUGGAUGCAUCUAAAUAUAGAGCUUUUAAACUCAAGCAACGACUGAUGAAAAGUUAUCCCCAACUUGUGUUCUAUGUACCGAAAAUGAGAAAUGUUAGUGAGAUUGUAUAUGUGGAAAAUUUGGAUUCUUCCGAAUUGGUUGAGGAACAUAUGUCAAACAAGUCAGAAAACAACGAUGAAGACUUUGAUGAAGAGAGCUAUACCGGUACCAUUAUGAUGAUGAUCUGAAUUCCAACACAGAAACUGAGGGAAAUUCUAAAGUCAAUGAGUUACAAAUUCUAUACAAUGCUGCAUUGAUUCUUCGCCAAAAGGUCCAAGAUAUACCAAAACUGAAUCUUCCUUGGCCACCAUUGGCAUCUGAUUUGACAAUGGAUAAUGUGCAAAAAGUGGUUCCAUGUGAACUUUUUAAUGUAUUGGCUUGGACUUGUGGAUUCUCUUCAGAGCCAACUUUAAGUGAGUACGUGCCAAUUGAGGGCAAGAACAGUUCC